AUGAAACAAAUGAAAACUGAGAUGCAAAGAGAAGCACAUGAGAUUGAAAAGUUAAAACUUGAAACCCAACAUGAAAAGCUAAAGGUGGAGGAAAUGGAGGCUCAACUUCAUCAAGCCAAAGAAGAUCUUGAAAAGAAACUCGCCGAGCAAAGAGAGAAGAAUGAGAUCAUGCUGGCAGACCUGCAGAAAGAAAGAGAGACUUUAGAGGAGAUGAGUGUGAACAUCGCAAGACAAAUACAUGACAUUAAAAACCAAGAAAAACAAAUAAAACUAAAACAGCUUGAGCUGGAUAAGCAACAGACAGAAGUGAAUGACAUUAUGAAGUUAAUGAAGAUUGAGAGAAGCCAACUUGAUAAAGACAAAGAAGAGAUGAAAGAAGAGAAACAGAAAAUGGAGAACAAUCUAAGAGAUGCCUUCAAAACAGAGACUGAUAACUUGGAGCUUCUUAAGCAAGAAUUACAGAAAGAAAGAGAAAUAAUUAAUAAUGACAGAAAACUGCUGAAGAAUGAAAGAGAUGAUGUAGACAAAAGCCGAAAGAGUUUAGCUGAAGACCUAAAAAUGCUAACACUACAGAAACAAGUAUUUGAAGAUGAGAAGGAGAAGUUAGAACAGAUAAAAACUGAGCUGCAAAAAGAAGCUGAUGAGAUUGAGAAACUGAAACUACAGACACAACACGACAGACAAAUGGCGAAGGAAAUCACUACACAACUUCAGAAAGAUAGAGAUGAUAUUGCCAUAAUUACUGAAGAGACAAAGAGAAAGAAUGAGAUUCUGAAUGAAAUCCAAUUUGCAAAUGAGUCUGCAAUGGAAGAUCUACAAAGAGAUAAAACCUCUCUAGAGCAAAUGAGAGUAAACCUCUCCCAACAAAUAGAUGAGAUUGAAAAUGAAAAAGAAAAUAUAAGAAUCAGAAAAGAUGAACUAGACAAACUGCAAGCAGAAAUUUAUGAUCAACAAAGAGAAAUGGAAAACCUCAAACAAGUCUUCACUACUGACCAGCAACAGCUAAAGAAAGAUAUGGAUGAUCUACAAGAAAUGAGAGUCAACAUUGACAAAGAUUUGGAGAUACUUAAACUAGAGAAAGAUAUUUUUGAGAAUGAGAAGGAAGUGAUGGAGCAAACAAAAACUGUGAUGCAAAGAGAAGCACAUAAGAUCGAAAAGUUAAAACUUGAAACACAACAAGAGAGGCUAAAGGUGGAGGAAAUGGAAGCUCGACUUCAUCAAGAGAGAGAACAUAUCAGUAAUCUUGUAGAAGGAACUCAGAGGCAACAUAAGGUUUUGGGCGAAAUGAAGGCUAAUAUUGAGGAGAAAUUAAAACUGAUUCAAUCAGAUAAAGACAAGAUUAAGAAAGAAAAACAUGAUCUGGAGGAAACUAAAAAAGAAAUUACAAGAGCCAAAGAAGACCUUGAAAAGCAACUUGUCGAGCAAAAAGAGAAGAAUGAGAUCACGCUGACAAACCUGCAGAAAGAAAGAGAGACUUUAGAGGAGAUGAGUGUGAACAUCACAGGACACAUGCAUGACAUUAAAAAUCAAGAGGAACAAAUAAAACUAAAACAGCUUGAGCUGGAUAAGCAACAGACAGAAGUGAAUGGCAUUAUGGAGUUAAUGAAGAUUGAGAGAAGCCAACUAGAUAAAGACAAAGAAGAGCUGAAAGAAGAGAAACAGAAAAUGGAGAACAAUCUGAGAGAUGCCUUCAAAACAGAGACCGAUAACUUGGAGCAUCUUAAGCAAGAAUUACAGAAAGAAAGAGAAAUAAUUACUAAUGACAGAAAACUGCUGAAGAAUGAAAGAGAUGAUGUAGACCAAAGACGAAAGAGUUUAGCUGAAGACCUAAAAAUGCUAACACUACAGAAACAAGUAUUUGAAGAUGAGAAGGAGAAGUUAGAACAGAUGAAAACUGAGCUGCAAAAAGAAAUGGAUGAUGUGAGAAAUCUAAAAGAAGAAACACAAAAUAAAAGAAGUAACUUGGAAAAGAUGGCUGCACAACUUCAGAAAGAUCGAGCUGAUAUUGCCAUACUUACUGAAGAGACAAAGAGAAAGAAUGAGAUUCUGAAUGAAAUGCAAGUUGCAAAUGAGUCUGCAAUGGAAGAUCUACAAAGAGAUAAAACCUCUCUAGAGCAAAUGAGAGAAAACAUCUCCCAACAAAUAGAUGAGAUUGAAAAUGAAAAAGAAAAUAUAAGAAUCAGAAAAGAUGAACUAGACAAAUUGCAAGCAGAAAUUUAUGAUCAACAAAGAGAAAUGGAAAACCUCAAACAAAUCUUCGCUACUGACCAGCAACAGCUAAAGAAAAAUAUGGAGGAUCUACAAGAAAAGAGAGUCAACAUUGACAAAGAUUUGGAAAGAUUUAAACUAGAGAAAGAUAUUUUUGAAAAUGAGAAGGAAGAGAUGAAACAAAUGAAAACUGAGAUGCUAAGAGAAGCACAUGAGAUUGAAAAGUUAAAACUUGAAGUCCAACAUGAAAGGCUAAAGGUGCAGGAAAUGGAGGCUCGACUUCAUCAAGAGAGAGAAGAUAUCAGUAAUCUUGCAGAGGAAACUCAGAAGAAAUGUAAGGUUUUGGAUGAAAUUAAUGCGAAUGUUGAGGAGAAAUUAAAAUUUAUUCAAUCAGAUAAAGACAUGAUUGAGAAAGAAAAACAUGAUCUGGAGGAAACUAAAAAAGAAAUUACAAGAGCCAAAGAAGACCUUGAAAAGCAACUUGCCGAGCAAAAAGAGAAGAAUGAGAUCAUGCUGGCAGACCUGCAGAAGGAAAGAGAAAUAAUUAAUAAUGACAGAAAACUCCUGAAGAAUGAAAGAGAUGAUGUAGACCAAAGCCGAAAGAGUUUAGCUGAAGACCUAAAAAUGCUAACACUACAGAAACAAGUAUUUGAAGAUGAGAAGGAGAAGUUAGAACAGAUGACAACUAAGCUGCAUAGAGAAGCUGAUGAGAUUCAGAAACUGAAACUAAAGACACAACAUGAGAAAGAAAUGGUGAAGGAAAUCACUACACAACUUCAGAAAGAUAGAGAUGAUAUUGCCAUACUUACUGAAGAGACAAAGAGAAAGAAUGAAAUUCUGAAUGAAAUGCAAGUUGCAAAUGAGUCUGCAAUGGAAGAUCUACAAAGAGAUAAAACCUCUCUAGAGCAAAUUAAACUAAACAUCUCCCAACAAAUAGAGGAUAUUGAAAAUGAAAAAGAAAAUAUAAGAAUCAGAAAAGAUGAACUGGACAAAUUGCAAGCAGAAAUUUAUAAUCAACAAAGUGAAAUGGAAAACCUCAAACAAAUCUUCACUACUGACCAACAACAGCUAAAGAAAAAUAUGGAAGAUCUACAAGAAAAGAGAGUCAAGAUUGACAAAGAUUUGGAGAGACUUAAACUAGAGAAAGAUAUUUUUGAGAAUGAGAAGGAAGUGAUUGAACAAACGAAAACUGAGAUGCUAAGAGAAGCACAUGAGAUUGAAAAGUUAAAACUUGAAACCCAACAUGAGAGGCUAAAGGUGGAGGAAAUGGCAGCUCGACUUCAACAUGAAAGAGAAGAUAUCAGUAAUCUUGCAGAGGAAACUCAGAAGAAAUGUAAGGUUUUGGAUGAAAUGAAUGCAAAUGUUGAGGAGAAAUUAAAAUCAAUUCAAUCAGAUAAAGACAUGAUUGAGAAAGAAAAACAUGAUCUGGAGAAAACUAAAAAAGAAAUUACAAGAGCCAAAGAAGACCUUGAAAAGCAACUUGUCGAGCAAAAAGAGAAGAAUGAGAUCACGCUGACAAACCUGCAGAAAGAAAGAGAGACUUUAGAGGAGAUGAGUGUGAACAUCACAGGACACAUGCAUGACAUUAAAAAUCAAGAGGAACAAAUGAAACUAAAACAGCUUGAGCUGGAAAAGAAACAGACAGAAGUGAAUGGCAUUAUGGAGUUAAUGAGGAUUGAGAGAAGCCGACUAGAUAAAGACAAAGAAGAGCUGAAAGAAGAGAAACAGAAAAUGGAGAACAAUCUGAGAGAUGCCAUCAAAACAGAGAAUGAGAACUUGGAGCUUCUUAAGCAAGAAUUACAUAAAGAAAGAGAAAUAAUUAAUAAUGACAGAAAACUGCUGAAGAACGAAAGAGAUGAUGUAGACAAAAGCCGGAAGAGUUUAGCUGAAGACCUAAAAAUGCUAACACUACAGAAACAAGUAUUUGAAGAUGAGAAGGAGAAGUUAGAACAGAUGAAAACUGAGCUGCAAAAAGAAGCUGAUGAGAUUGAAAAACUGAAAUUAAGGACACAACAUGAGAAAGAAAUGGUGAAGGAAAUCACUACACAACUUCAGAAAGAUCGAGCUGAUAUUGCCAUACUUACUGAAGAGACAAAGAGAAAGAAUGAGUUUCUGAAUGAAAUGCAAGUUGCAAAUGAGUCUGCAAUGGAAGAUCUACAAAGAGAUAAAACCUCUCUAGAGCAAAUGAGAGUGAACAUUUCCCAACAAAUAGAUGAGAUUGAAAAUGAAAAAGAAAAUAUAAGAAUCAGAAAAGAUGAACUGGACAAAUUGCAAGCAGAAAUUUAUGAUCAACAAAGAGAAAUGGAAAACCUCAAACAAAUCUUCGCUACUGACCAGCAACAGCUAAAGAAAAAUAUGGAGGAUCUACAAGAAAAGAGAGUCAACAUUGACAAAGAUUUGGAAAGAUUUAAACUAGAGAAAGAUAUUUUUGAAAAUGAGAAGGAAGAGAUGAAACAAAUGAAAACUGAGAUGCAAAGAGAAGCACAUGAGAUUGAAAAGUUAAAACUUGAAACCCAACAUGAAAGGCUAAAGGUGGAGGAAAUGGAGGCUCUGCUUUGUCAAGCCAAAGAAGACCUUGAAAAGCAACUUGCUGAGCAAAAAGAGAAGAAUGAGAUCACUCUGGCAAACCUGCAGAAAGAAAGAGAGACUUUAGAGGAGAUGAGUGUGAACAUCACAAGACAAAUACAUGACAUUAAAAAUCAAGAGGAACAAAUAAAACUAAAACAGCUUGAGCUGGAUAAGCAACAGACAGAAGUGAAUGACAUUAUGAAGUUAAUGAAGAUUGAGAGAAGCCAACUUGAUAAAGACAAAGAAGAGAUGAAAGAAGAGAAACAGAAAAUGGAGAACAAUCUGAGAGAUGCCCUCAAAACAGAGACCGAUAACUUGGAGCAUCUUAAGCAAGAAUUACAGAAAGAAAGAGAAAUAAUUAAGAAUGACAGAAAACUGCUGAAGAAUGAAAGAGAUGAUGUAGACCAAAGACGAAAGAGUUUAGCUGAAGACCUAAAAAUGCUAACACUACAGAAACAAGUAUUUGAAGAUGAGAAGGAGAAGUUAGAACAGAUGAAAACUGAGCUGCAAAAAGAAAUGGAUGAUGUGAGAAAUCUAAAAGAAGAAACACAAAAUAAAAGAAGUAACUUGGAAAAGAUGGCUGCACAACUUCAGAAAGAUAGAGAUGAUAUUGCCAUACUUACUGAAGAGACAAAGAGAAAGAAUGAGAUUCUGAAUGAAAUGCAAGUUGCAAAUGAGUCUGCAAUGAAAGAUCUACAAAGAGAUAAAACCUCUCUAGAGCAAAUUAAGCUAAACAUCUCACCCCAAAUAGAGGAUAUUGAAAAUGAAAAAGAAAAUAUAAGAAUCAGAAAAGAUGAACUGGACAAAUUGCAAGCAGAGAUUUAUGAUCAACAAAGAGAAAUGGAAAACCUCAAACAAAUCUUCACUACUGACCAACAACAGCUGAAGAAACAUCAGGAAGAUCUACAAGAAAAGAGAGUCAAGAUUGACAAAGAUUUGGAGAGACUUAAACUAGAGAAAGAUAUUUUUGAGAAUGAGAAGGAAGUGAUUGAACAAACGAAAACUGAGAUGCUAAGAGAAGCACAUGAGAUUGAAAAGUUAAAACUUGAAGUCCAACAUGAGAGGCUAAAGGUGGAGGAAAUGGCAGCUCGACUUCAACAUGAAAGAGAAGAUAUCAGUAAUCUUGCAGAGGAAACUCAGAAGAAAUAUAAGGUUUUGGAUGAAAUGAAUGCAAAUGUUGAGGAGAAAUUAAAAUCAAUUCAAUCAGAUAAAGACAUGAUUGAGAAAGAAAAACAUGAUCUGGAGGAAACUAAAAAAGAAAUUACAAGAGCCAAAGAAGACCAUGAAAAGCAACUUGCCGAGCAAAAAGAGAAGAAUGAGAUCACGCUGACAAACCUGCAGAAAGAAAGAGAGACUUUAGAGGAGAUGAGUGUGAACAUCACAGGACACAUGCAUGACAUUAAAAAUCAAGAGGAACAAAUAAAACUAAAACAGCUUGAGCUGGAUAAGCAACAGACAGAAGUGAAUGGCAUUAUGGAGUUAAUGAAGAUUGAGAGAAGCCGACUAGAUAAAGACAAAGAAGAGCUCAAAGAAGAGAAACAGAAAAUGGAGAACAAUCUGAGAGAUGCCUUCAAAACAGAGACUGAGAACUUGGAGCUUCUUAAGCAAGAAUUACAGAAAGAAAGAGAAAUAAUUAAGAAUGACAGAAAACUGCUGAAGAAUGAAAGAGAUGAUGUAGACCAAAGACGAAAGAGUUUAGCUGAAGACCUAAAAAUGCUAACACUACAGAAACAAGUAUUUGAAGAUGAGAAGGAGAAGUUAGAACAGAUGAAAACUGAGCUGCAAAAAGAAAUGGAUGAUGUGAGAAAUCUAAAAGAAGAAACACAAAAUAAAAGAAGUAACUUGGAAAAGAUGGCUACACAACUUCAGAAAGAUCGAGCUGAUAUUGCCAUACUUACUGAAGAGACAAAGAGAAAGAAUGAGAUUCUGAAUGAAAUGCAAGUUGCAAAUGAGUCUGCAAUGGAAGAUCUACAAAGAGAUAAAACCUCUCUAGAGCAAAUGAGAGAAAACAUCUCCCAACAAAUAGAUGAGAUUGAAAAUGAAAAAGAAAAUGUAAGACUCAGAAAAGAUGAACUAGACAAAUUGCAAGCAGAGAUUUAUGAUCAACAAAGAGAAAUGGAAAACCUCAAACAAAUCUUCACUACUGACCAGCAACAGCUAAACAAAAAAAUGGAGAAUCUACAAGAAAAAAGAGUCAACAUAGACAAAGAUUUGGAGAGACUUGAACUACAGAGAGAAGCUUUUCAGAAUGAGAAGGAAGUGAUGGAACAAAUGAAAACUAAGAUGCUAAGAGAAGCACAUGAGAUUGAAAAGUUACAACUUGAAACACAACACGAGAUGCUAAAGGUGGAGGAAAUGGCAGCUCGACUUCAUCAAGCCAAAGAAGACCUUGAAAAGAAACUCGCUGAGCAAAAAGAGAAGAAUGAGGUCACGCUGGCAGACCUGCAAAAAGAAAGAGAGACUUUAGAGAAGAUGAGUGUGAACAUCACAAGAGAAAUGCAUGACAUUAAAUAUCAAGAGGAACAAAUAAAACUCAAAGAAAAUGAACUUGAACAACUGCAAGCUGAAAUUCUGAAUCAGCAAAGAGAAAUAGAUCAUGACAAAGCCAUUAUGAUAAAAGAAAGAAGUCAGUUUGAUCUAAGACAGCUUGAGCUAGAUAAGCAACAGACAGAAGUGAAUGACAUUAUGGAGUUAAUGAGGAUUGAGAGAAGCCGACUAGAUAAAGACAAAGAAGAGCUGAAAGAAGAGAAACAUAAAAUGGAGAACAAUCUGAGAGAUGCCCUCAAAACAGAGACUGAUAACUUGGAGCUUCUUAAGCAAGAAUUACAGAAAGAAAGAGAAAUAAUUAAUAAUGACAGAAAACUGCUGAAGAAUGAAAGAGAUGAUGUAGACCAAAACCGAAAGAGUUUAGCUGAAGAGUUGGGGGUGAUAACACUUCAAACAAGAAUGUUUAAAGAUCAGGAGAACAAAUUAAAACUGGUGGAGUUAGAUCUACAAAGAAAAGCAAAUGAUGUAGAAAAGCUUAAAGAAGAAACAUACAAUGAAAGACAAAACUUGGAAAAAAUGGCUGCAAAACUUCAGAAAGAAAAACAGGACAUGGUAGAUGAACUUAGGAUGAAGACUGAACAUGUGGAUCUCCUCAUGAAAAAUGUAUUAACUCAAAAGGAAUCGGUAGAAAAAGACAGGCAGAUGUUGGCAAGAGAUGUGGAAGAUGUACAACAAAAAAGAGCUCAAGCAGAGAGAUACUUAGAAAGUCUCAAACUUGACAGAAAAGCUUUUGAGAAUGAGAAAAUAGUGAUGGAAGAGACAAAAACAGAGAUGCAAAGAGAAGCACAUGAGAUUGAAAUAUUAAAACUAGAGACACAACAUGAAAGACAGAGGUUGGAGGAAGUCACAGCUCAACUUCAAAAAGAGAGAGAAGAUAUCAACAAUCUUAUUGAGGAAACAAAACAGAAGAGAGACGAUCUGGAUGACAUCUAUACUGAAAUACAAAGGCAGCAACAAGCAACUGAGAGUGAUAAAGAUUUACUACGUAAGGAAAAGUCUGAUCUGGAGUACAAGAAAGCUGAGAUAUUUCAAGCUAAGAAAGAACUUGAAAAACAGCAUGCUGAACAACAGGCACAAAAUGAGAUCACGCUAAGGGAGAUACAGAGAGACAAAAACAUUCUUGAGCACAUGAGAGAGGAAAUAUCAAGAGAAAGAAUGAACAUUGACAAUGAAAGAGAAGAGUUAAGAAUGAAAAAGGAUGAACCUCAGAAAAUGAGAGCCAUGAUGGAGCAAACGCAAAAGUCUGAUUUUCAUUUGAAAGAUGCAUUAAGCCAGGACACCGAAAGCCGAAAGCUAAGCUCACCCCAUCGCAAAUAUGACUUGCCUGAAGAAGAGAAGCAAUUCAUGGAAGAUGAGAGGAACAUGUUGGAACAGAUGAGAGCUACAGUAAAACGAGAAGUUGAUCACAUUGAACAGCAAAAGCAGGACAUCCAGAACGAAAAACAGGUGCUAGAAGAAAUGAAAGCUCAACUUCAAGAAGAGAGGAGGAUCAUUGAGCGUCUCAGCGAGGAGAUAAAUGUUCAGCAAUACAAUCAACAAAGACAAGCGGCUGAGCAUGAAAUUGAGAAGGCUGAUCUUGAAAAAAACAGAACAGAAAUUGCUAAAGCACUUGAAUGUCUUGCAGAAGAAAGAGAAAAGAACGAGAAGACAAUGGCAGAGAUGCAGACGCAAAAGGACACUCUUGAGGAAAUGAGGGUGAACAUCUCAAGACAAAUGGAGACUAUUAUGAAUGAGAACGAAACCCUGUCACGCAGAGAAAGUGAACUUGCACAAAUGCAGAAAGAUGUCCUAAAACAACAGGAGGACAUGGAUGAACUGAAGAACACUGUUAUGAUGGAGAUGGAUCAGCUUGACCAAAGACAGACUGACCUAGAUCACUUACAAAGAGAAGUCGAUGAGCUCAUGGAAUUCACAAAGACAGAAAUGACCAACACAGAAAAAGAAAGAGUUGAACUGAUGGCACAGAAAAUAGAUUUUGAAAAUGACAUGGCCAUUCUAGAAACAAUGAAGGAGAAUAACGACCAACUGAAAAUAAAGUUACUUGAGGAAAAACAUCUUAUUGAUAAAAACAGAGAUCUGCUGACAAGAGAUUUGGAUAAUAUGGAGACACAGAAAGCAGAUAUAGAAAGAGAAUUAGAGAAUGUUAAAACCGAGAAACAAAUAAUGGAAAAUGAGAAGAAGGAGCUGCGGAAGAUGAAAACUGAACUUCAAAGACAAACUGAAGAUCUUGAGAAACUAAUUGAAGAGACAACAAACGAAAGACAGCAGCUAAAUGAGAUGGCAGCUCAACUUAAAAAACAAAGAGAUGAAAUUAGUCCUCUUGAAGAGAUCAUAGCAAGACAAGAGCUCCCAGGUGAGAUAGAGAAACAAUGGAAAGCAAUUCAGUCUGAAAAAGACCUGCUUCAAGAAGAAAGAUCUGAGCUGGAGAAAACUAAGAAAGAGAUAUGUGAAGCCAGUGAAGAUUUAGAUAAAAGAGAAACAGAUAUACUGAAAGAGAAAGACAUUCUUGAGCAGAUGAAUAAAGACAACUCGAGACAAAUAGCUUAUAUAGAAAAUGAGCUUGAAAAUAUAAGAUGCAAACAAAAUGAACUACAUCGAGUAACAGUGGAACUUGAAAAUCAACGAAAGGAAAUUGAUGACACAAAAAUAAUACAGGAAAGAAUUAAUAUGGGCCAUCUGGAACAAAAAAGAGCUGAGCUCGAAAAAGAUUUAGAAAACUUCAGGAUUCAGAAAGAAGCUUUUGAGAAUGAGACAGAAAGACAGAAACAAGCCACUGCUGCUGACAAAGAGAUGAUUACAAAAGAAAUAAUAGAUCUGGAGAAAACCAAAGAUGAAUUUAAAAGACAUUGCAUGAUCCAACGGGCAGAGUUUCAGAAAGAAAGAGAUUAUCUAGAUCAAAUGAAUAUGGAGAUCUUAAGGCAAAAGCAUGAUCUUGAGAAAGAAAAAGAUGAGCUGUCUGAGCAGCGACGGCAGAUGGAGAUCAAUUUGAGGACAACAUUAAAGGAAGACAUGGAAAAUGUGAAGCAACUUAGGAAAGAGGUUCAGAAUGAGAAGGAAAUGAUUGAGAAAAGCAGAAAGCAGCUGGAACAAGACAUAUAUUAUAUUGAACAAGAGAAAUCUAAUCUGGAUAAAGAGCUAGAAGGGAUAAAAAUCCAACAACAGAAUAUGCAAGAUGAAAGGGAUCAACUACAGCAAAUAAAAGCUGACCUCCAAAGGAAAACUGAUGAUAUAGACUCUCUACAAGACAUAUUGACUGCGAGAGAGAAAAAUGAAAUUAAAAGAAAGUCUGAAGAGAGCAAAAUGAUUGCAGAUCUUGAUGAAGCAAACACUAAAAUACAACAACAAAAAUUAGAUUUGGAAACUUAUACCAGAGAGCUAGAAAAAUCUAGGCUUGAACUAGAAGCAUCAAGGGCUGAGAUAGAAAGGGUCAGCGAUAGCGUUGCACAACAGGUGGAGGAGCAUUUACAGAAAGAAAAAGACAAUACUGAAGAUUUCAGAAAGAGUCUGCUUAAACAAGAAGGCGCCAUCGAAAAGGAGAAGACAGAAUUAAGAUCAAGACUUAUUGAGCUACAACUUCUACAGGCAGAAAUACAGAAAGAGAAAGAAGAGAUGGAAAAGCUAAGAUAUCGAGAAUUUCAAGAAGAGAGAAGGAAACUACAGAUGCAAGCAGAGGAAUGGAGUCAAAAAAUGGACAAGUUGCAGAAAGACAUGGACAAAAUCAAGUCCCAAAAAGCUGAAUUAGCAAAAGAAAGCGAAGCAAAUGAUGAAAAGUCGAAAGAGAUUAAGAGAGAAAUGGCUAAAUACGAGGACAUUAAAACAAAUAUUCUAACCCAAAAAGAGGAGCUUGAGACUACAAGGCAGUCAGAGAUUGAAAAACUCAAUGACAUGAAAGCUAAAAUACUGAAAGAGAAAGAGGAAUUAGAUGAUAAGUUGCACAAGACUAAACGUGAGAUGGGAGAAUUAAACCUUCUUAGGGAUGAAACUGAAGCCAAGAAGAAAGAUCUUGAUCAAAGAAUGAAACAGAUGGCAAGGAAAAGAGAUGAAAUGGAGAAAAUGAAGGCUGAAAUAGAAAGUGCAAAUGAGAAACUAGAAAUGGAGAGGGUUAUGUUAAGUGUAGAGUGGGAUGAGGUAGAACGUACAAAAGCUGAGAUUCAAAGAGCAAGAGAAGAGAUCCAGUCCCAUGUGGAAGCAAGAGGGGAAGAUCUGGGGAAGAAAGAACAGACGAAUACAGAGUUACAGAAGCUUAUGCAAGAUUUCCAAAAGACAAAACAUGAUCCGGAACAAAGAAUGGAGAGAGAUGCUGAUGUUGCAGUAGAUGUAAAAGAAAAGCAAGAAAUAAUUGCUUACAUGCAGAGGCUUAUCCAGGAAAUUGAGGAUGUUAGAGAGGAUCUGAGAAGAAUGAAAGAUGAAGUCAGAGCCACUAGAGAAGAGAGGCUCAAACUGGAGAACAUGAAGUUGGAGGCUGAAGCUAUGAAAAAGAAAAUGAAAGACACUUAUGACCAGCAGAAAAAUGAAAUAGAACAGCAGAUGGAGAGAAGUAAAGACUUGUUAAGUAGAGAAAGAAGUGAUCUUGAACAAAACAGGGCUGCUUUAGAAAGACAAAAACAAGAAAUGACAUUGGAGAAACAAAAACUCCACGAUGAAAAUGAGCUGCUGGAGAAAGCAAAGGCUGACAUAAAGAAAAAAUCAGAGAUUCUGGAUAGCCUUCUUGAAGAGGCAACAAGAGAGAAAGCAGAAGCAGUAGGAAAGAGCAUGGCAACACCAUGGAUGGAUGACCAACAAGAUGUUACUACUGAGAAGAACAAACUCACAGAGAUGAAGGCGGAGUUGCUUCAACAGCAGGCAGAACUUGAGAAGAGCAAAUCAGAUAUAAAACGUCAAAGGAACGAGUUAGACGAAAUUAAGUCUGACAUUUCUCCUUUGGGAGAGGCAGAGCUGAUCAAAAUACAGAGACAGAAAGAAGAACUUGAAAAAGUGGUUCAAAAAUUGACACAUGAGAAGGGAGAACUGGAAGUCCUUAAGUCUGAGAUGGUCCUAGAAAAGAGGAGUCUGGAUCAGAAGAUGAGACAAGUAAUAAGAAAAAGGGAUGAGAUGGAUAGAAUUAAGACUGAGAUAGAAAAGGCCAGAGAGGAGAUUAACAGAGAGAGGCAAAAUCUGGAACUAUUAAGAGACAAUGUUCAAAGUGCAAGAGAGGAUUUUGAACUCUUGGUGGAGAAAACUUCAAAUGUAGAAGAUGAGGAAAGUACAAACGCUGAUAUCCAAAGAUUGAUUUUAGAGGUUAUGAAAAUCAGGGAGAUGGUGCGGUCUCUGAAAGUUGACAUGGAGAGCAGAAUGAAGGAAAGUAAGACAGAGAUGGAAGAAAAGGAAAAAUUGAAAUUUGAAAUGCAGAGGCUAAUUCAAGAUAUUGGACAAAUACGGGAAAAUCUCGGAAGCCUUAAAGAAGAGAUAGAAACCACCAGAAGGGACAAAAAUGAAGUGGAGAAGUUAAGGGUGGAGCUUAUAAAGAAGAAACAAGAUGAAGAGAAGGUUAAGGAAAUGCUGCAGAAAGAAAGAAAAGAACUGGAACAGCUUAAAUAUGAGAUAAACCAAGAAAAGGAAUUUGUAGAGACAAAGAAAGAGCUGGUUAAGGUAGAAAUGACCAAAGAGAAAAUGUUUAAGGACCCAGAAGAAGUACCCGUAGCUGUUAAGAAGCCAAAAGAAGAACUCCAAAGGGUCACUGAGGAACUAUUGAGGAAAAUCAUGGAUCUCGAACAGGUGGGGAAAGAUAUACUCAACCAAAAGCAAAUCAUGGAAGAAAUAAAAUUACACCUUGAACAGAAAAAGACUGAACUAGAAGCAGUCACGUCUGAAAUAAAUAGAAGAGAGCAGAUACUAAAGGAACAGUCAAAUGAGUUAAAUGAUAAAGAUCAAACAUUACAGAUAAAGAAAGAGAUUCUGGAGAAAAUGAAUAUGGAGAUAGUAAGUAAGAGGCAAGACAUAGAAAAAGAGAAGAAUCACGCAAGGCAAGAGUUUGAAAUCCAUAGAGGUGAAUUACAAAGACAAAGAGAUGAAGUUGAAUCUUUAAAACAAGCUUUGAUAAUAGAGAAGGAUAGGUUAAAAGCUGAAAUCAAUCAACAAAGGCUUGAGAUGAGUGAUGCCAUAAAAGCCAAUGAGACAGAACGUGAAAAACUAGAAAAGAUGAGGUCUGUACUAGAAAACCAAAGGGGUGAACUUGAAGCAAGCAUCCAAAAUGUCACAGAAGUAGAGGGGAAACUGGAAGAGAUGAGGAGUGAACUAAAGAAAGAAAAUGAAGAUGUAAAAGAAAUAAAACGGAUGGUCAGCAAAGACAGAUAUCUGAUUGAACAAGAGAAAAAUAUUAUCAGAGAACAAACACAAGAGCUAGACAUCAUAAAGCAAAGCAUUGAUAAAGAAAGAACUGAGCUAGAAGAUGCCCAUGCCGAGCUUCAGAAGAAAUCAGAUGCCAUUGACAGCACCAUACAGGAAGCAAAGAAUGAGAAGGACAGAUUAACAGACCUCAGUCUUACUCUUCAAGCUCAAAGAGAAAAUAUACAGAAGACAGUUACAGAAAUGGAGAAUAGGAAGAAAGAUCUUGGUCAAAUGAGUGCGAAACUACAAGAUGACAAGGAUACUUAUGAAAGAAAUAAGACUGAUCUGCAGCUGAAGAAAGAAGAGUUAGUGAGAGAAAUUGAUGACCUGGAAAGAAACAAACAGCAACAAAGAGAAAAGGAAGAGGUGGCAAGACAAGAGAUUCAAAAUCAAAGAGAGGCUCUAGAACACAUGAGGGUGGAUAUUCAGAAAGAAAGAGAAAAAGUUGACAAAGAGAAGGAACAGUCAAAUUUAGAAAGGCAAAAAAUGGCCAAACUUCGAGCAGAAUUACAAGAAAAGGAAAAUGAGCUUGACAACAGAAUGCAAACGCUCAAGAAUGAGAAACAACAGCUGAAACAGACUCAGGAUGAUUUUUGUGAAAUGGAGAGAGAUACUAAAAUUAAACUGGAAGUAAAGGAAGCUGAAAUUAAAGAGCAGGGACAACGAAUUAUGGAAAUGGGUGAAGCACUGAAUGAAGAAAGAAACGAAUAUAGAAAGCUGACUGAACAGUUACGGAACGAAAAAGAGCAGAUUGACUUGAGCAAAAAGUGGAUUGAUCAGGAAAAGAAAAACAUUGAAAACACCAAAAAUUAUUUGGAAAAGCAACUUCAAAUACUUAGACAUGAACAGCAGAAUGUAAAAGAAGAGAAGGAAAUGCUAGAACAAGUCAGGACAGAAUCCAAGGAGAUCCAGAAUAUGAUAAGAAAAGAGAGAGAAGAUCAGGAGAAAUGUUGGUUCGAGAUUGAAGGGGAAAAGCAAAGAACGGCAGAAGAAGCAAGACUAUUAGAGCGAAAGAAGGAAGAAACUGACAGACUGCAUAAAGACCUUGAAACCAGAAAAUAUCAGAUUGACAAAGAAACAGAAGAACUGUUGCGAAUGAGGGUGGAACUGGAUGGAAAGAAAGAAGAAGUGGAAAAAAAUUACCAAAGCAUUCAAGUUGCCAAUGAAGAACUUAUAAAGGCUAAAGCUGAGGUAAAGGUGGAGACUGAGAAAAUGAAGGACAUAAAAGAUGCUAACCUAAUGGAGAAGAAACAUAUUGAAGAAAUGAAUGCACAACUCCAAAAAGAGAAAGAAAAAAUUGAACUAAUGAUGAGAGAGGUAAAAAGACAAAUGCAAGAAACUGAUAAAACAAAAAUCAUGUUUGAGAAGGAAAAGAGUGAGAUGGAAAACAUAAAAAUGGAAAUUGAGAGGGAAAAGAAAGACCUGGAAAAACAAAGAAUUUACCAAGAAGAGCUUGAUUUAGAAAGGAAGAGUGAGAUACAAAAAGAAAGACUGGUCCUUGAGCAGAUGAAGGGUGAACUUCAUACAGAAAAAGAAACAACAGAAAAAGAAAAGAAUAACUUAAACACAAUAAUGCAGCAAAUAGAACUUUUAAGGGCAGAGCUAAAAAACGAGCAAGAUGAAAAUGAAAAUAUAAAGAAAAACUUAUUUAUGAAGAAAUUGAAUCUUGAGAAACAGCAGGUUGAUGUACUUAACCAGCAGCAAGAAAACAAUAAAGAAAGAGACCUUAUGGAAAAAACAAGAUUGAAAUUGAAGAGCAAAAACAAGAGCUUGCUAAUUUGGCACAAGACUUGCAGAAAGCCAAAGAAGAAAUUGACACCAUCAAACACAGACAAGAAGAAUGCUCUUGAGGUAAAGGAGAUAGACAUACAGACCAAAGAAGAGGAAGUAAAUAAACUUCUGCAGGAAACAGAAAGGAAAAAUAUGGAAGUAGAUGGAAUCACUGCUCAGCUUCAGAUUAAACAAAAACAUUUAGAUAAUCUUCUUGAUGAAACCAACAGGAAACAGAGAGACCUUGAACAAAUACAGAUUGAAAUAGAAUUGCAAAAACAAAAACAUGAUGCUGAUUACAAAUUGCUUGAGAAGAUCCGCAAUGAAAUUAAAAACGAAGAGGAAGAAAUGAAGCAGAAGAAAAAUGAUCUGCAGACCUGGAUUACACAACAUAAAGAUGAAGUUCAAGUCCAAUUAGAUCAAUUCGAGAAAGAGAGACAAAGUCUACAAAAUAUGAAGGGAGAGCUCAUUACACAGAAAGAACUUGUGGAAAAAGAGAAAAAAGAUUUGACACUUCAAAGGGAUGAACUGGAUCUCAUUAAAGCUGAAAUAACAAGGAAACAGGAUGAAAUGGAGAAUACAAGGCAAACAAUUAUUAUUGAGAAAGCUGAACUGCAGCUGAAAGAGGCUGAUAUUACACAGCUACAGCAAAGAAUAGAUCACAAUUUAAGAGAAACACAUGAAGAGAGAAGUGAAAUAAAUAAGAUGAGGAGGGAACUUGAGGAUGAAAAAUAUGAAAUCGAUAAAAAAAAGAAAAUGACAAAUGCAUUAACAAGAGAGUUAGAGCUCAUGAAAGCAGAGUUGGAGGAAAAACAGCAAAAGAUCCAAACUGAAAUCAAGAGGGAGAGAGAGACACUUGAGAAGAAGCAGUCCCACUUAAAGCUAAUGAAGGAACAGUGUGACAUUACAAUGGAGGAGGCAAACAGGAAGAGGAAUGAGCUGGAAAAGACUGCCAUUGACAUGGCAGAGCAAAAUCAAAAGAUUGAGACCAAAAAAGACCUUCUAGAAAAAGAAAGAAAGGAUGUUGAAAGAGAAAGAUUGGAAUUACAAAGAAGAGCAGAAGACAUAGAGCUGCAAAAGACAUAUCUGAAAGAAAAGCAAGAAAUAGAUAGAACAGCGAUCAAGGAGGAGAAGAAGUUUCUUGAACAAAAGGGUACUGACAUAUUGAAAGAGAGAGGAGAAAUUGAUAAGCAAAAAGAAGAAGUGACGAAAAAGUGGAAAGAGCUGCACAUUCUUCAGCAGGAAAUACAGAAACAAAAAGAUGAAAUGGACGAAAUCAAAUAUGAGAUACAGACUGAAAAGACAAAAGUAAAUCAGCAGCAGCAAAGACUGAAUGAGAGUAUAACAGCCAUAAAUAAGGAGAGGAGUGAUAUGGAUAAGAUGAAGACCGAAUUUGAAACACGCAGACAGCAAGAGGAAAUUAGACUAAAAGAAGAGAUCGAGAAAUUUGAUCAGAGCAAAGAAACAGUACAGAAGUUAAUGGAUGAAGUGAAAGAGCAGAAAAAAUAUAUAAAACUACAGCAAGAAGAAACUGAACUUGAAAGACAAAAUAUCACCAAUGAGAAAGAUCUUCUGGCUCAAAGAAAGACUGAACUGCAAAAAGACAGUGAACAAAUCAGGACAGAGAGAGAAACAAUGAAAGAAAUGGAAGCAGAUCUACAAAAAGACAAAGAGGAAAUUGAGAGUGUCGUUGAAGAAACAAGAAGACGAAAAGAAGAUUUAGAAAAGGUGACCACAGACAUAAAUGAACAAAAAAAGGAGUUGAUGAAUAGCAGAGAGCUUCUAGAAAGAGAGAGAAAAGAAAUAAAUGAUAAAUGGACAGAGUUACAGCAGAGAACUGAUGAAUUUGAGACUCAAGUCAGAAAACAGAAAGAAGAUGAAAAGAUGAAACAGACAGAAAUGAAAAAAGAAAGAAAAAGUCUAGAGCAGUUUAAUACUGAGAUCCUGGACCUGAAGACUAAAGCUGAGCAGGAACAACAUGAUAUAAACAUGAAAAGACAAGAGUUAGACUCAAUGCAAAAACAAAUCAAUAAAGAAAAAGAAAAACUACAAGAAAUCAAAAAGAAAGCCCUAACUGAAACAGCAACACUUGAGAUGAGAUCUGCUGAGAUAAACAAACAACAACAAAGUGUGGAUGAGAAUCUGAAAAAGAUGAUGGAGGAACGAGCAGAGCUUCAGAAAAGAUCUGAUUACCUUGAGCUUACAAUCACAAAACACAAAGAAAAUGAAGAGAUGAGUAAAAAAGCAAUGGAAGAAGAGAAGAAGCUUCUUGAGCAAAAGAGUGAUGAAAUCUCCAGACAAAGAGAUGAAUUAGAGAAGGACAAAGAGAACGUGAUGAAGAAGUGGAAUGAACUGGACAUUCUUCAGAAGAAAAUGCAGGAAGUCAAGGAUGAGAUACAGACUGAAAAGACUGACAUCAAUCAACAAAAGCAAAAACUGGAGGAGAGUUUAAGAGCCAUUAAUGAGGAAAGAAAUGAUCUGGAUCAGAUGAAGAUUGAAUUUGAAACAAACAGACAACAAAUGCAGGAGGAGAUAAGAGAGAAAUCACAGAUGGAGAGAGAGGAACUUGAUCAAAUAAAGAAUGAAUUAGAGAGAGAAAAGUUUCAAAUGCUUCAUGAACAGCAGAAAAUAGAUGAUUACAGAAGACUCAUUGAUCAGGAAAGAGAGGGAUUAGAAGUGGAAAGAUCGAAACUUCAGCAGAAAAUACAAGAAACUAAUCUUGAAAAACAAGAAACAGAAAAGAGCAAAGAAACAGUACAGAAGUUAAUAGAUGAAUUAGAAGAGAAGAGAAACAAUAUCAAACUCCAAGAAGAAGAAAUUAAGUUUGCGAGAGAAAUGAUCACAAAUGAGAAAGAUCUUCUGAUUCAAAGCAAGACUGAACUACAAAAGGAAAUUGAAGAAAUCAGGAACAAGGGGGAGGAAUUAAGGACAGAGAUGGAAAGACUGAAAGAAAUGGAAGCGCAUCUACAAAAAGACAAAAAGGAAAUCGAAAGUGUCAUUGAGGAAACAAGGAGAAGAAAAGAAGAUUUGGAAAAGAUGAGCACAGACAUAACUGAACAAAAACAGGAGUUCAUGAAUAGCAGAGAGCUUCUAGAACAAAAGAAAAAAGAAAUAAAUGAUAAAUGGACAGAGUUACAGCAGAGAAUUGAUGAAUUUGAGACUCAAGUCAGAAAACAGAAAGAAGAUGAAAAGAUGAAACAGACAGAAAUGAAACAACAAAGAAAAAGUCUAGAGCAGUUUAACACUGAGAUCCUGGACCUGAAGACUAAAACUGAGCAGGAACGACAUGAUAUAAACAUGAAAAGACAAGAGUUAGACUCAAUGCAAGAACAAAUUAAUAAAGAAAAUGAAAAACUACAAGAAAUCAAAAACAAAGUCUUCACUGAAACAGCAACACUUGAGAUGAGAUCUGCUGAGAUAAACAAACAACAACAAAGUGUGGAUGAGAAUCUGAGAAAGAUGAUGGAGGAACGAGCAGAGCUACAGAAAAGAUCUGAUGACCUUGAGCUUACAAUCACAAAACACAAAGAAAAUGAAGAGAUUAAUAAAAUAGCAAUAGAAGAAGAAAGGAAGCUUCUUGAGCAAAAGAGAGAUGAAAUCUCCAGACAAAGAGAUGAAUUAGAGAAGGACAAAGAGGACGUGAUGAUGAAGUGGAAUGAACUGGACAUUCUUCAGAAGAAAAUGCAGGAAGUCAAAGAUGAGUUACAGACUGAAAAGACUGAUAUCAAUCAACAAAAGCAAAAACUGGAGGAGAGUUUAAGAGCCAUGAAUGAGGAAAGAAAUGAUCUGGAUCAGAUGAAGAUUGAAUUUGAAACACACAGACAACAAAUGCAGGAGGAGAUAAGAGAGAAAUCACAGAAGGAGAGAGAGGAACUUGAUCAGAUGAAGAAUGAAUUAGAGAGAGAAAAGAUUCAAAUGCUUAAUGAACAGCAGAAAAUAGAUGAUUACAAACAGCUGAUUUAUCAGGAAAGAAUUGGAUUAGAAGUGGAAAGAUUGAAACUUGAGCAGAAAAUACAAGAAACUAAUCUAGAAAAACAUGAAAUUGAAAAGAGCAAAGAAACAUUACAGAAGUUUAUUGAUGAAUUAGAAGAGAAGAGAAACAAUAUCAAUCUCCAAGAAGAAGAAAUUGAGUUUGAGAGAGAAAAGAUCACAAAUGAGAAAGAUCUUCUGAUUCAAAGCAAGACUGAACUACAAAAAGAAAUUGAAGAAAUCAGGAACAAGGAGGAGGAAUUAAGGACAGAGAGAGAAAGACUGAAAGAAAUGGAAGCACAUCUACAAAAAGACAAAAAGGAAAUCGAAAGUGUCAUUGAGGAAACAAGGAGACGAAAAGAAGAUUUGGAAAAGAUGAGCACAGAUAUAACUGAACAAAAACAGGAGUUGAUGAAUAGCAGAGAGCUUCUAGAACAAGAGAGAAAAGAAAUAAAUGAUAAAUGGACAGAGUUACAGCAGAGAAUUGAUGAAUUCGAGACUCAAGUCAGAAAACAGAAAGAAGAUGAAAAGAUAAAACAGACAGAAAUAGAUGAAGAAAGAAAAUGUCUAGAGCAGUUUAACACUGAGAUCCUGGACCUGAAGACUAAAGCUGAGCAGGAACAACAUGAUAUAAACAUGAAAAGACAAGAGUUAGACUCAAUGCAAGAACAAAUUAAUAAAGAAAAAGAAAAAAUACAAGAAAUAAGAAAGAAAGCCCUGACUGACACAGCAACACUAGAGAUGAGAUCUGCUGAGAUAAACAAACAACAACAAAGUGUCGAUGAGAAUCUGAGAAAGAUGACGGAGGAACGAGCAGAGCUUCAGAAAAGAUCUGAUGACCUGGAGCUUACAAUCACAAAACUCAAAGAAAAUGAAGAGAUGAGUAAAAAAGCAAUGGAAGAAGAGAGGAAGCUUCUUGAGCAGAAGAGAGAUGAAAUCUCCAGACAAAGAGAUGAAUUAGAGAAGGAUAGAGAGGAUGUAAUGAAGAGGUGGAAUGAACUGGACAUUCUUCAGAAGAAAAUGCAGGAAGUUAAAGAUGAGUUACAGACCGAAAAGACUGAUAUCAAUCAACAAAAGCAAAAACUGGAGGAGAGUUUAAGAGCCAUGAAUGAGGAAAGAAAUGAUCUGGAUCAGAUGAAGAUUGAAUUUGAAACACACAGACAACAAAUGCAGGAGGAGAUAAGAGAGAAAUCACAGAAGGAAAGAGAGGAACUCGAUCAGAUGAAGAAUGAAAUAGAGAGAGAAAAGAUUGAAAUGCUUAAUGAACAGCAGAAAAUAGAUGAUUACAAACAGCUGAUUUAUCAGGAAAGAAUUGGAUUAGAAGUGGAAAGAUUGAAACUUGAGCAGAAAAUACAAGAAACUAAUCUAGAAAAACAUGAAAUUGAAAAGAGCAAAGAAACAUUACAGAAGUUUAUUGAUGAAUUAGAAGAGAAGAGAAACAAUAUCAAUCUCCAAGAAGAAGAAAUUAAGUUUGAGAGAGAAAAGAUCACGAAUGAGAAAGAUCUUCUGAUUCAAAGCAAGACUGAACUACAAAAGGAAAUUGAAGAAAUCAGGAACAAGGAGGAGGAAUUAAGAGCAGAGAGAGAAACACUGAAAGAAAUGGAAGCACAUCUACAAAAAGACAAAGAGGAAAUCGAAAGUGUCAUUGAAGAAACAAGAAGACGAAAAGAAGAUUUGGAAAAGAUGAGCAAAAGUGUGGAUGAGAAUCUGAGAAAGAUGACGGAGGAACGAGCAGAGCUACAGAAAAGAUUUGAUGACCUGGAGCUUACAAUCACAAAACUCAAAGAAAACGAAGAGAUGAGUAAAAAAGCAAUGGAAGAAGAGGGGAAGCUUCUUGAGCAGAAGAGUGAUGAAAUCUCCAGACAAAGAGAUGAAUUAGAGAAGGACAAAGAGGACGUGAUGAAGAAGUGGAAUGAACUGGACAUUCUUCAGAAGAAAAUGCAGGAAGUCAAAGAUGAGUUACAGACUGAAAAGACUGACAUCAAUCAACAAAAGCAAAAACUGGAGGAGAGUUUAAGAGCCAUGAAUGAGGAAAGAAAUGAUCUGGAUCAGAUGAAGAUUGAAUUUGAAACAAACAGACAACAAAUGCAGCAGGAAAUCAGAAAGAAAUCGCAGAUGGAGAGAGAGGAACUUGAUCAGAUAAAGAAUGAAUUAGAGAGAGAAAAGAUUCAAAUGUUUCAUGAACGGCAGAAAAUAGAUGAUUACAGAAGACUCAUUGAUCAGGAAAGAGAGGGAUUAGAAUUGGAAAGAUCGAAACUUGAGCAGAAAAUACAAGAAACUAAUCUAGAAAAACAUGAAAUUGAAAAGAGCAAAGAAACAGUACAGAAGUUAUUAGAUGAAGUAGAAGAGAACAGAAACAAUAUAAAUCUCAGAGAAGAAGAAAUUGAGUUUGAGAGAGAAAAGAUCACGAAUGAGAAAGAUCUUCUGAUUCAAAGCAAGACUGAACUACAAAAGGAGAUUGAAGAAAUCAGAAAGAAGGAGGAGGAAUUAAGGACAGAGAGAGAAACAAUGAAAGAAAUGGAAGAACAUCUACAAAAAGACAAAGAGGAAAUCGAGAGUGUCAUUGAGGAAACAAGGAGAAGAAAAGAAGAUUUGGAAAAGAUGAGCACAAACAUAACUGAACAAAAACAGGAGUUAAUGAAUAGCAGAGAGCUUCUAGAAAAAGAGAGAAAAGAAAUCAAUGAUAAAUGGACCGAGUUACAGCAGAAAAUUGAUCAAUUUGAGACUCAAGUCAGAAAACAGAAAGAAGAUGAAAAGAUGAAACAGACAGAAAUAGAUGAACAAAGAAAAAGUCUAGAGCAGUUUAACACUGAGAUCCUGGACCUGAAGACUAAAACUGAGCAGGAGCAACAUGAUAUAAACAUGAAAAGACAAGAGUUAGACUCAAUGCAAGAACAAAUUAAUAAAGAAAAAGAAAAACUACAAGAAAUCAAAAACAAAGUCUUCACUGAAACACUUGAGAUGAGAUCUGCUGAGAUAAACAAACAACAACAAAGUGUGGAUGAGAAUCUGAGAAAGAUGAUGGACGAACGAGCAGAGCUACAGAAAAGAUCUGAGGACCUGGAGCUUACAAUCACAAAACACAAAGAAAAUGAAGAGAUGAGUAAAAAAGCAAUGGAAGAAGAGAGGAAGCUUCUUGAGCAAAAGAGUGAUGAAAUCUCCAGACAAAGAGUUGAAUUAGAGAAGGACAAAGAGGACGUGAUGAAGAAGUGGAAUGAGCUGGACAUUCUUCAGAAGAAAAUGCAGGAAGUCAAAGAUGAGUUACAGACUGAAAAGACUGACAUCAAUCAACAAAAGCAAAAACUGGAGGAGAGUUUAAGAGCCAUUAAUGAAGAAAGAAGUGUUCUGGAUAAGAUGAAGAUUGAAUUUGAAACAAACAGACAACAAAUGCAGCAGGAGAUCAGAGAGAAAUCGCAGAUGGAGAAAGAGGAACUUGAUCAGAUGAAGAAUGAAUUAGAGAGAGAAAAGAUUCAAAUGCUUCAUGAACAGCAGAAAAUAAAUGAUUACAGAAGACUCAUUGAUCAGGAAAAAGAGAGAUUAGAAGUGGAAAGAUUAAAACUUCAGCAGAAAAUACAAGAAACUAAUCUAGAAAAACAAGAAACAGAAAAGAGCAAAGAAACAGUUCAGAAGUUAAUAGAUGAAGUAGAAGAGAAGAGAAACAAUAUCAAUCUCCAAGAAGAAGAAAUUAAAUUUGCGAGAGAAAUGAUCACAAAUGAGAAAGAUCUUCUGAUUCAAAGCAAGACUGAACUACAAAAGGAAAUUGAAGAAAUCAGGAACAAGGUGGAGGAAUUAAGGACAGAGAGGGAAAGACUGAAAGAAAUGGAAGCACAUCUACAAAAAGACAAAAAGGAAAUCGAAAGUGUCAUUGAGGAAACAAGGGGAAGAAAAGAAGAAUUGGAAAAGAUGAGCAAAAGUGUGGAUGAGAAUCUGAGAAAGAUGACGGAGGAAAGAGCAGAGCUACAGGAAAGAUCUGAUGACCUGGAGCUUACAAUCACAAAACUCAAAGAAAAUGAAGAGAUGCGUAAAAUAGCAAUGAAAGAAGAAAGGAAGCUUCUUGAGCAGAAGAGAGAUGAAAUCUCCAGACAAAGAGUUGAAUUAGAGAAGGACCAAGAGGAUGUGAUGAAGAAGUGGAAUGAACUGGACAUUCUUCAGAAGAAAAUGCAGGAAGUCAAAGAUGAGUUACAGACUGAAAAGACUGAUAUCAAUCAACAAAAGCAAAAACUGGAGGAGAAUUUAAGAGCCAUGAAGGAGGAAAGAAGUGAUCUGGAUAAGAUGAAGACUGAAUUUGAAACACACAGACAACAAAUGCAGGAGGAGAUCAGAUUAAAAUCAAAGAUGGAGAGAGAGGAACUUGAUCAGAUGAAGAAUGAAUUAGAGAGAGAAAAGAUUCAAAUGUUUCAUGAACGGCAGAAAAUAGAUGAUAACAGAAGACUCAUUGAUCAGGAAAAAGAGGGAUUAGAAGUGGAAAGAUCGAAACUUGAGCAGAAAAUACAAGAAACUGAUCUAGAAAAACAUGAAAUUGAAAAGAGCAAAGAAACAGUACAGAAGUUAAUAGAUGCAGUAGAAGAGAACAGAAACAAUAUAAAUCUCAGAGAAGAAGAAAUUGAGUUUGAGAGAGAAAAGAUCACGAAUGAGAAAAAUCUUCUGAUUCAAAGCAAGACUGAACUACAAAAGGAGAUUGAAGAAAUCAGAAACAAGGAGGAGGAAUUAAGGACAGAGAGAGAAACAAUGAAAGAAAUGGAAGAACAUCUACAAAAAGACAAAGAGGAAAUCGAGAGUGUCAUUGAGGAAACAAGAAGACAAAAAGAAGAUUUGGAAAAGAUGAGCACAGACAUAACUGAACAAAAACAGGAGUUAAUGAAUAGCAGAGAGCUUCUAGAAAAAGAGAGAAAAGAAAUAAAUGAUAAAUGGACAGAGUUACAGCAGAAAAUUGAUCAAUUUGAGACUCAAGUCAGAACACAGAAAGAAGAUGAAAAGAUGAAACAGACAGAAAUAGAUGAACAAAGAAAAAGUCUAGAGAAGUUUAAUACUGAGAUCCUGGACGUGAAGACUAAAGCUGAGCAGGAACAACAUGAUAUAAACAUGAAAAGACAAGAGUUAGAUUCAAUGCAAGAACAAAUUAAUAAAGAAAAAGAAAAACUACAAGAAAUCAAAAACAAAGUCUUCACUGAAACACUUGAGAUGAGAUCUGCUGAGAUAAACAAACAACAACAAAGUGUGGAUGAGAAUCUGAGAAAGAUGACGGAGGAACGAGCAGAGCUUCAGAAAAGAUCUGAUGACCUGGAGCUUACAAUCACAAAACACAAAGAAAAUGAAGAGAUGAGUAAAAAAGCAAUGGAGGAAGAGAAGAAGCUUCUUGAGCAGAAGAGAGAUGAAAUCUCCAGACAAAGAGAUGAAUUAGAGAAGGACAAAGAGAAUGUGAUGAAGAAGUGGAAUGAAAUGGACAUUCUUCAGAAGAAAAUGCAGGAAGUCAAAGAUGAGUUACAAACUGAAAAGACUGAUAUCAAUCAACAAAAGCAAAAACUAGAGGAGAGUGUAAGAGCCAUGAAGGAGGAAAGAAGUGAUCUGGAUCAGAUGAAGAUUGAAUUUGAAACACACCGACAACAAAUGCAGGAGGAGAUCAGAUUAAAAUCACAGAUGGAGAGGGAGGAACUUGAUCAGAUAAAAAAUGAUCUGGAAAGAGAAAAACAAGAAAACUAUAGGAAUAUGGACAUCUUAAAUAAAGUGAAAGAGGAGCUUGAACUAGAAGAUCAUAAGAGAAAAUAUGAGAUGGAACAGAAGAAUUUGAAUAUCAAGAAGGCUCUGGAAGAGAUAGAGACAGACAAAAAGAUGAUUGCUGAAAUGAAGGCACAACUUCAAAGUGAGAAAGAUGAACUUGUUCACAUCACAGAAGAAACAAAGAGGAAGAGAGCAGACCUGGAGAAAGAAUGGGCAUCAAUAGAGGCAGAGAGACAAACUUUGGAAGAAAAGAGCAAUAAAAUAUUGAGACAGAAAGAAGAAACAGAAAUGGAGAAAGAGAAAAUAUGGAGAAAGAAAGAUGAACUGGACAACUUCCAAGUAGAAAUCCUGAAACAGAAAGAAGAAAAUGAAAACAUGAAAAACAAUAUGAUGAAGGAGAAAUCUCUGCUUGAAGAGUUAAACAAUGAAUUAGAUAAUAAACAACAGAAAAUGAAUGAUGACAAGAAAGUGAUUCAACAAGAAAGAAAUGACCUUGAGAAGAUAAGAUCUGAAAUAAUGACUCAACAAGAGCAACUGAAAGAAGACUUCAGAGAGUCAAUAAAACAAGAGAGAUCAGAACUUGACCAGAAAAUCAAAGAGAUUGAUCGAGAACAGAGUGAAAUUCAAAAGAGCAAAGAAACAGUACAGAAGUUAAUGGAUGAGGUGGAAGAGCAGAGGAAAUAUAUAAAACUACAGCAAGAAGAAACUGAACUUGAGAGACAAAAUAUCACCAAUGAGAAAGAUCUUCUGGCUCAAAGAAAGACUGAACUGCAAAAAGACAGUGAACAAAUCAAGACAGAGAGAGAAACACUGAAAGAAAUGGAAGAACAUCUACAAAAGAACAAAGAUGAAAUCGAGAGUGUCAUUGAGGAAACAAGGAGACGAAAAGAAGAUUUAGAAAAGAUAAGCAAAGGUAUAACUGAACAAAAACAGGAGUUAAUGAAUAACAAAGAGCUUCUAGAAAAAGAGAGAAAAGAAAUAAAUGAUAAAUGGACAGAGUUACAGCAGAGAAUUGAUGAAUUUGAUACUCAAGUCAGAAAACAGAAAGAAGAUGAAAAGAUGAAACAGACAGAAAUGGAAGAAGAAAGAAAAAGUCUAGAGCAGUUUAACACUGAGAUCCUGAACCUGAAGACUAAAGCUGAGCAGGAACAACAUGAUAUAAACAUGAAAAGACAAGAGUUAGACUCAAUGCAAGAACAAAUUAAUAAAGAAAAUGAAAAACUACAGGAAAUCAAAAACAAAGUCCUGACUGAAACAGCAACACUUGAGACGCGAUCUGCUGAGAUAAACAAACAACAACAAAGUGUGGAUGAGAAUCUGAGAAAGAUGAUGGAGGAGAGAAAUGAACUUGAAAUGAGGAAGAAAGAAACCAAGGACAUUGAAAGUGAAAGGACUGAAGUACAAAGAAGAAUUGAUGACCUGGAGUUUACAAUCACAAAACCCAAAGAAAAUGAAGAGAUGAGUAAAAUAGCAAUGGAAGAAGAGAGGAAGCUUCUUAAGCAGAAGAGAGAUGAAAUCUCCAGACAAAGAGAUGAAUUAGAGAAGGAUAGAGAGGAUGUAAUGAAGAGGUGGAAUGAACUGGACAUUCUUCAGAAGAAAAUGCAGGAAGUUAAAGAUGAGUUACAGACCGAAAAGACUGAUAUCAAUCAACAAAAGCAAAAACUGGAGGAGAGUUUAAGAGCCAUGAAUGAGGAAAGAAGCUAUUUGGAUGAGAUCAAGAUUGAAUUUGAAAUACACAGAAAAGAAACGGAGGAGGAAAUCAGAGUGAAAACAAAGAUGGAGAGGGAGGAACUUAAUGAAAUGAUGGCCAAAAUAUGGAAGGAACAACAAGAAACUGAAAGGAGCAAGAACAUGAUUGACAACCUAACCAAGGAAAUACAGCAAACAAGGGCAGAACUAAAUGCCCAAGAGGAGGAGAUCAAACUUGCAAAGCAAACAGUGCAGAAUGAAAGGAUAGAUAUAGAGCGAUUCAAAGCUGAACUCAUAAAAGAGGCUGAAGAAAUAAAGACCAUCAAAGAGCAGGCCAUGAAAAAUAAAGAGAAAGCUCAGAUAUUGGCUCAAGAACAUGAAAAAGAUAAAGAAGAGUUUGAAAAAUUAAAAGAGGGUGUUCAAUACCAACCAAAAGAAAUGGUCUCUCAAAGAGAACAGAUACAGCGAGAAAGAGAUGAAAUUACCAAACACCUGUUUGAGAUUCAAAGAGAAAAGGAGGAGCUUGAAAUAAACAAAAGGAUCUUGGAAAGUCAGAGAGAGGCUCUAGAAAAGAUCGACAGUAAACCACCGAUAAAGGAAAUAGAAGUCAACUUAGUUAGUUCUGCUACACAAACAUUACUAUCUGAUGUAGAAGAGAUAGGAGACAUUGAACUGGACAAAGAAAGGACUGAUCUCCAGAAAGAGACUAAGAAAAUGAGAGAAGAAAUAGACAAAGAGAAGAAAUAUCUAGAAGAACAUAAAGCAGCUCUGGUGAAACAACAUGAGGAGAUGGAGAUAUGCAGACAAAAUAUAGAAAAUGAUAAAUCUGAGUUAGAAAUAACCAAAGAAAAGAUGGAGAACGAGUUGAAAAGAUUUGAAAUUGAGACAAAGAGCAAACAGGAGAGAAUAAAGGAUAUGGAAGUAAAACUUCAAGAAAAGACAAUAGAAAUGAGAAUUGUCUCAGAUGAAACAGAAAGAAAAAGAGAGGAGUUGUAUUUCAUAAAUACAGAGAUAAAAAGAAAAAAAGAAGAGACACAACAAAUGGCAAAACAUGAGUUUGGUGAAACAAGCACUGACACAGUUGAAGAACCAGAGGAGGGUGAAAAAGGACAAGAGUUGCAAAAGCUUGACAUGGAGGAACUACAGAACCAGACAGAGGCUUUGCAGAAGGUAAAAUAUGACGUUGAUAAAGUACAUGCUGAAUUGGGGAUCCAUCAGGCAAAGCUGGAUUUAGAAAGGGCUGAACUAAGUCAAACGAGAGCUGAUCUGGCGACACAAACAGAGAAGUUAGAGCUUAUUCAACAAGCCAUACACACAGAAAAAGAGAAGCAGAAAUCAGGUUUAAGGGAAGAAGAGGACACAAAAAGCAUUUUGGAAAUGGUCAUGAAAGAAAAGGAAAGGGUGGAAGAAAUAGCAGCCCAACUUUCCAAAGAACAGAAAGAGUUUACAAACAUUAUGGAGGAGACAUAUCAAUGGAUAGAUAAGAUCAAACUGGUUGAUCAGGAUAUUAAAACCAAGCGAGAAGAAAUUGAAUACCUUAAAAAUCUGACACAGGAGGAGCUGGAUGAACUACAGAUCAAGAAAGAAGAAAUUGGCAAAAUGGGAAAGAAAAUGUACAUUGAAAGUUUAGAAAUACGGAGAGAACGAAAUGAAUUGGAACAAAUGAAAGCAGAAUUAUGGAAAGGGGAACAGUUUACACAGAGAGAAACAAAGACACAGCAAACUGAUGCAGAAGUCCAGUAUACUGAACCUCAGGAUUUGCAAAAGAGAGAAAGAGAGGAAAUAGAGAGGAUGAAUGCAGACCUUGAGAACAAGCAGAGAGAAAUUGAGACCAUGAAAGAAUUGAUAACAAGAGAGAAAAAUGAGCUGGAAUAUAAACGAGCUGAAAUGGUUGAAGAAACGCUGAAGACUGAAACAAUUCUUAGUGAAACCAGGAGACUGAAAGAAGACUUGGAAAAGAUGAAUACUGAUUUAAUCAGAAAAAACACAGAGCUGGAAAACAACUGCCAACUACUAGAAAGAGAAAAGACAGAAGCGGACAAUAGAUUGUUUGUGUUACAGGAUGUGAUAAAUGAACUCCAAAUUAAGUUAAAGGAUGUAGAAGAUCUUGACAAGUCCAAGAUGGAGGAGAGGGAUGCAGAAAGGAAGAGUCUGGAGAAAGCCAAGGAUGAAAUAUCUAAAGAGCGAGCAAAAAUUGAUCGAGAAAGUCAAGUUUUGGGAAUGAGAAGAGAUGAGCUGCUGCACAUUGAACAAGAAAUUCAAAAUCAGACACAAAUCCUGGAAGAACUGAAGAAUAAAGUGACUAUGGAAAAGAGUGCACAAGAGAGGGCUGAAAUAUAUAAACAAACACAACAAUCGGAAGACAUCUUGAAAGAUGAAAGAGAAGAGAUUGUAUAUCUGAAAGAUCAAUUACUGAAAGAGAAAGAGGAUGUUGAAACCAUGAAAGAGAGAAUUAAUAGAGAGAUGGAGCAUGUGGAAAAGAUUCGGUCCCAGUUAGAUGAAAGAAAAGAAGAGAUUGAGUUUAAAGAAGAACAACUGGACGACAAGAGAAAUGAGCUCAAACGAAAAGAAAUGGAGAUUGAAGAAAAAAUGGAGGAGUUACGAAAAGAGAGAGACAUCUUAAGUGCCAUAGCAAUUCAACAGCAAAAAGAAAGAGAAGAUAUUUAUUUAGUAGCAGAAGACAACAAAAGAAAACAAGCUGAGGUACAAAAACAGCUGCAGGAUGUAGAAAACACCAAGAUCAAGCUGGAAAAAGAGAAGGAUGAGAUUGAUGAGAUGAAGACAGAGAUACAAUUCAAAAGAGAGGAAUUAGAAGAAAUAAUCAAAAAGUUUAAAAUCAAAGAGAACAACAUGCAAACAGAAAGAGAAGUUUUGGAGCAGGCAAAUUUUGAGUUAAUAAGGCAAACCACGGAAAUGAAAAAUGAGAAAGAAGAUUUACGACUCCAGAGAGAGAAAAUAACAAUCUGGGAAGCAGAAGUACAGAAACAGAAGGAUGAGACAGAAGAGCUAAAGAAAGCCACAGAAAGAGAGAGAAGUGAGCUCCAGAGGGAAAUACAACAACAAAAACAUGAUAAGGAAAGCAUUUGGGAAAAGACAGAGGUGCAGGCUGUUGAGAAACUUCGAAAAGAAAUUGAAGAACAGAGGAAAGAAAUUGCAAAUAUUCAAGAAAGACUUACAAUGGAAAAACACGAACAGGAUCAAAUAAAAACCGAGUUACAGUUAGAGAAACAAAGAGUUGAUGAAGAUAAGCAGAUGCUGAAGCAGCUCAUGAAUGAAACAGAAAAUAAAAUAUCCCAGUUAAACAGAGACAUAGAGAAGAUUAAGGCCGACAAACAAAAUAUUGAAGAUAAAAGAUCUUCCUUGGAAGAGCUUAAAGCUGAUUUACAAAGAGAGGCUGCCAACAUUGAAAUGCUUAAGGAGGAAAUAAAGAUAGAAAAGCUGAAAACAGAGCAAAUCAGUAAAGACAAAGAGGAGAAGAUGUUGGAGGACAUGAGAAGAAAAGAAGAAGAGCUCAGCACCAUGCAAGCUGAAACUGAAAGGCAGAGAACGGUGGUGGAGUCUGAGUUAUUGCUACUUCAAACACAAAAAGACGACUUGGAAAAGAGCAAAACACAGAACGAGAUUCUAAGAGAGAAUCUUGAAAAACAAAAGGUGAAGAAUGACUUUACAAUGCAAAAAGAGAGACAGGCACUGGAACAAAUGAUGUCUGAUGUGGCAGAGCAGAGAGACACGGUGGAAAGAACAUUGAAUGAAAUAAGAUGUAAAGAAACUGAACUGAAAAACAAAGAAAUAGAACUUGACACACAGCAGAAAGACGUGGAUAAUAUAAGAAACACAGUCAUGGCUGAGAAAAUGCUACUGGAAGAGAGACAAAAUGCUUUGGAUCAACAGCAGCUAGAGGUUGAUCGACUGACUGAUGAAAACAGAACCAUAAAAACUGAUCUGGAACGACAGAGACAACAACUACAAGAGAGCAUCAAGGAGUUUGAAUGCAAACAGAUUGAAGAAACCAAGACAGACAAGGAACAUGUAGAAUUGGCACAACAUUUUGAAAUGGAAAGAGAAGAUAGUCUAAGUAAAGAAAUCCAGAGACGUAAGGAGGAACUGCAAACACUAAACGCUGAGAUAGAAAAGUCCAAACAAGAAGUGGAAUUCAACAAAAAGAUGAUUGAAAAAGAAAUGCAAAAUCUGGAGCAGAAGAGAGCGGAUUUAUUGACAGAGCUUGAUGAACUCGAAUUCAAGAUCGAUACAAAGAGAAAAGAGGUAGAAAGUACAAUGACGGAGGGAGGAAAGAUGAAAGCCACUUUACCAACAGUCAGAGAUGACACUGAAGCAGUGAGCCAGAGAGAAGCUGAACUCGAAUUGCAGAUUGAUCUACAAAAACAAAGAGAUGAAUUACAUGAACUGAGAAACAAACUUGAUGCAGAGAAGUACCAGCUUGAAAAAAGAAAAGUCUUGUUAGAUCAACAGCAACAUGAGGCGGAAGACAUCAUGGAAGUUAUAAAACGAGACAAAGAGAUGCUUGAAAAAGAUAAGUCUGAGCUCGAUCAAAACAGACAAAUCCUGAAUGAAAACAUGCGAAGAGAACGAGCAGAACUCAAAAUGCUUAAAGAUGACAUACAAAAAGACAAAGAGGAGAGUGAACACAGCAAGCAGAUCAUUGAACAUCGUAUCCUAAAAGACAGAGAUGAUUUAAAUGUGCUGAAGGAGGAGACGGAGUUCAGCAAACAGAGCGUACAACAGAAGAGAAGUUUGCUGCAACAAGACAAAGAAAAAGUAGAUCUGGAAGGAGAAAAAAUUAAAACAAAGCUGGAAAUAGAGAUUUCGGAGUACAAAACAGAAUUAAAAACUCUGGAGGAGCAAACAAACAGAAAGAUAUCAGAACUGAAGAUGUUAAACAAGAAAAUUCAAGAAAAGAGACGGGAGGCAGAAUUGAAACCCCUAACAUCAGGUGACACGUCAGAGAGAGAUGCUGAUGUCCUGACAGACAAAGAUCUGGUAGAGGAACCGAAGACAGAUGAAUCUCAGAUGUAUCAACAGCGACUGAAAAAGACCAUAAUAAAACAUGCUGAAACACAAACAAGUUUUGAGGACUUCGAUAAAAUAAAGACAAUAAUGGAGGAUGAUGAAAGAAACUGGAAGGUGAGAGAGGAACAUUCAACAGAUGAGACUGAAAGGAAGACAGAAGAUGUUGAGACUAGGAUUGAAGACAUGUUUGAGAGGUCAAGAGAUAAACUUACACAAGACAAAGAGGGACUUUCAAACAUUUCGGAUGAAAUGCAGACUAUUAAGGAAACAUUCCAGAAACGGACAGAAGGACUGGAGAAGACAAUACAAACAAUGAAAACAGAAAAGGAGAAGGUCGAGGCUCAAAAUCAAGUGCUUCAACAAAAACUAAAUGAACUACUAGAAGAGGCACACAAGCUUCAAAGUGUAAAGAAAAUUGAGGAAACCACAGAAAUCAUACACAAAACAUCUUCUCAAGUACAAGACACUAAGGACACGUCAGACAUGGAAAAGGCAGAUGUGGAACUGACCGGCAAAUCUAUGGCGAAAACAGAAAGAGUUACCCAAUCGAAUGCGGCGACACAAACGUCUACAUCAGAUCACACCCAACAGGAAGCUCCACAACAGACACAACACGAGCAAGAUGAGAAGAGCCUUCUUGAGCUUGAGGAAGCAAAGGCAGACCUGCAGACAAUAAGGGCUGAGUGUAGAGCUGCUAAAGAAGCAAAGCUAGAGAUCAUGGAGAGCAUUGAGAAGCGGAGGAAGAGUCUGGAGAUGGUUUACACCGAGCUCCUGAGACUUCGAGAGGAGACGGAGCAUCUGACACAAACAUGUCAAAAUAAAAGAAGUGAACUGCAGGACAUACAAAAAGAGAUGGAGACUCAACUGGAUACAGAUAUACAAAGCCAAGAUGAAUUCAAAAUAGCAAGCCAGAUAGAGAAACAAGACGCAUGCGUGCAGUAUGACACAAAGGAUAUGGAGACUACUGAAUUUGUUAUUGGACUUACUGAAGACAUUAAGCAAAAGAGAAGUCAAGAGACACAAACUGAAGACCAGGCUUUUACAGAACUUACACAAGACAGAUAUGUUAUACCAAGCUACAAAGAGAUAGAAUCAAUGAAAAGGAGAAUACAAGAGAUGAAAGCGGAACUAGAGAACAGAUUAAAAUACAUCCAGAGGAACGAACUGGAAAGGCUCGGCAUACAAAGAGAAAAAAUUGAACUCGAACUAAAAAAAGCAGAGAUUGAGAGAUAUAACGAAGCUCUCCAGCAUGAAACCGAGACUGAACGGCUGAAAAUCAUGGAAAGAGAGAAGGAAAUACUUCUGUUAAGGGAAUGUUUGCUAAUUGAAAUAAAUCAGAUGAGGAUUGAUGGGACAGCAACGAGUACACAGCACUUGGAGAGGAUGGAGCGUCUUAUUGAUGAUGCAGCUUUGAGGGUGGACAGAUUAAGACGGGUAACGGAUCGAGCCGUGCAAACAUUAAUACUGGAGGGAGAUGGAGAACAGAUUGGAAGUGAGCUUCAUAGGGAAAUACAACAACCAAAACAUGAGAAGGAAAGCAUUUGGGAAAAGACAAGGCCUGAGGUGCAGGCUGUUGAGAAACAUCAAAAAGAAAUCGAAGAACAGAGGAAAGAAAUUGCACAUAUUCAAGAAAGACUUACAAUGGAAAAACACGAACAGGAUCAAAUAAAAAUCGAGUUACAGUUAGAGAAACAAAGAGUUGAUGAAGAUAAGCAGAUGCUGAAGCAGCUCAUGAAUGAAACAGAAAAUAAAAUAUCCCAGUUACACAGAGACAUAGAGAAGGUUAAGGCCGACAAACAAAAUAUUGAAGAUAAAAGAUCUUCUCUGGAAGAGUUUGAAGCUGAUUUACAAAGAGAGGCUGCCAACAUUGAAAAGCUUAAGGAGGAAAUAAAGAUAGAAAAGCUGAAAACAGAGCAAAUCAGUAAAGACAAAGAGGAGAAGAUGUUGGAGGACAUGAGAAGAAAAGAAGAAGAGCUCAGCACCAUGCAAGCUGAAACUGAAAGGCAAAGAAUGAUGGUGGAGUCUGAGUUGUUGCUACUUCAAACACAAAAAGAUGACUUGGAAAAGAGCAAAACAGCGAAUGAGAUUCUAAGAGAGAAUCUUGAAAAACAAAAGGUGAAGAAUGACUUUACAAUGCAAAAAGAGAGACAGGCACUGGAACAAAUGAUGUCUGAUGUGGCAGAGCAGAGAGACAAGGUGGAAAGAACAUUGAAUGAAAUAAGGUGUAAAGAAACUGAACUGCAAAACAAAGAAAUAAAACUUGACACACAGCAGAAAGACGUGGAUAAUAUCAGAAACACAGUCAUGGCUGAGAAAAUGCUACUGGAAAAGAGACAAAAUGCUUUGGAUCAACAGCAGCGAGAGGUUGAUCGACUGACUGAUGAAAACAGGAACAUAAAAACUGAUCUGGAACGACAGAGACAACAACUACAAGAGAGCAUCAAGGAGUUUGAAUCCAAAAAGGAUGAAACCGUGAACAGACUGCAACAGAUUGAAGAAACCAAGAUGGACAAGGAAUGUGUGGAAUUGGCACAACAUUUUGAAAUGGAAAGAGAAGAUAUUCUAAGUAAAGAAAUCCAGAGACGUAAGGAGGAACUGCAAACACUAAACGCUGAGAUAGAAAAGUCCAAACAUGAAGUGGAAUUCAACAAAAAGAUGAUUGAAAAAGAAAUGCAAAAUCUGGAGCAUAAGAAAGCAGAUUUAUUGACAGAGCUUGAUGAACUCGAAUUCAAGAUCGACAGAAAGAGAAAAGAGGUAGAAAGUACAAUGACGGAGGGAGAAAAGAUGAAAGCCACUUCACAAACAGUCAGAGACGACACUGAAGCAGUGAGACAGAGAGAAGCUGAACUCGAAGCAGACUUGAAACCCUUAGCAGCAGGUGACACGUCAGAGAGAGAUACUGAUGUCCUGACAGACAAAGAUCUGGUAGAGGAACCGAAGACAGAUGUAUCUCAGAUGUAUCAACAAGGACUGAUAAAGACCAUGUUAAAACAUGCUGAAACACAAACAAGUUUUGAGGACUUCGAUAAAAUAAAGACAAUAAUGGAGGAUGAUGAAAGAAACUGGAAGGUGAGAGAGGAACAUUCAACAGAUGAGACUGAAAGAAAGACAGAAGAUGUUGAGACUAGGAUGGAAGACAUGUUUGACAGGUCAAGAGAUGAACUUACACAAGACAAAGAGGCACUUUCAAACAUUUCAGAUGAAAUGGAGACUAUUAAGGAAACAUUCCAGAAACGGAUAGAAGAACUGGAGAAGACAAUACAAACAAUGAAAACAGAAAAGGAGAAGGUCGAGGCUCAAAAUCAAGUGCUUCAACAAAAACUAAAUGAACUACUAAAAGAGGCACACAAGCUUCAAAGAGUGAAGAAAAUCGAGGAAACCACAGAAAUCAUACACAAAACAUCUUCUCAAGUACAAGACAGUAAGGACACGUCAGACAUGGAAAAGACAGAUGUUGACAGCAGUCUGGAACUGACCGGCAAAUCCAUGGCGAAAACAGAAAGAGUUACCCAAUCGAAUGCAGCGACACAAACUUCUACAUCAGAUCACACCCAGCAGGAAGCACCACAACAGACACAACACAAGCAAGAUGAGGUGAGCCUUCUUGAGCUUGAGGAUGCAAAGGCAAACCUACAGACAAUAAGGGCUGAAUGUAGAGCUGCUGAAAAAGCAAAGUUAGAGAUCAUGGAGAGCAUUGAGAAGCGGAGGAAGAGUCUGGAGUUGGUUUACACCGAGCUCCUGAGACUUCGAGAGGAGACGGAGCAUCUGACACAAACAUGUCAACAUAAAAGAAGUGAACUGCAGGACAUACAAAAAGAAGAGAUGAAGACUCAACUGACAAAGGAUAUGGCAACUACUGAAUUUGUUAUAGGACUUACUGAAGACAUUAAGCAAAAAAGAAGUCAAGAGACACAAACUGAAGACCAGGCUUUUACAGAGCUUACACCAGAUAGAGAUGUUCUACCAAGCAACAAAGAAAUAGAUUCAAUGAAAAGGAGAAUACAAGAGAUGAAAGCGGACCUAGAGAUCAGAUUAAAAGACAUCCAGAGGAAUGAACUGGAAAGGCUCGGCAUACAAAGAGAAAAAAUUGAACUCGAACUAAAAAAAGCAGAGAUUGAGAGAUAUAACGAAGCUCUCCAGCAUGAAACUGAGACUGAAAGACUGAAAAUCCUGGAAAGAGAGAAGGAAAUCCUUCUGUUAAGGGAAUGUUUGCUAAUUGAAAUAAAUCAGAUGAGGAUGGAAGGGACAGCAAUGAGUACACAGCACUUGGAGAGGAUGGAGCGUCUUAUUGAUGAUGCAGCUUUGAGGGUGGACAGAUUGAGACGGGUAACGAAUCGAGCCGUGCAAACAUUAAUACUGGAGGGAGAUGAAGAACAGAUUGGAGGAGCUCAGAGAGAGACAUUUCAGCAAGUUCCUCUGGACGUCCGGGUCGAGGAUAGACAGGAAGGACGGGGCGCAGAAGCCCCAAUUCUAGAACCAGACGCUGGGAGAGGUUCACGGAGGAGGGGACUAAUGCACUGGAUCAGACGACGAUGCAGUUCCUGCUGUCCCAGAAGUCCUAGAGACACUGAGGAGGAUAAGCGGGACAUUUUAUAAGUGGCUUUGUUUACACACAGUAGGCUAUAAGCAAUCAUCUGAGUUUGAUUAAACUAACUAAACCAGUUGCAGUUAGCAUUAUUUGUUACAUAUGAUGUUGAAGAUAAACAUAACAUUUUGGCAAAAAAGAUAAGAGAACAGUGAUACUGCACAGCAUAUUGCAUAUUUAGUCAGUUUUUGCACCAAAUGACUUGUUGUUACUUAUAUCAUGAUGUUUUUCAUAGUUCAUACUAAACAAAAGAUGAGAGCUUUGCAUUUUCAAAACACUUCACAAAUAUUUGCAUAAACCAUAAUAUACUAAACUAAUAACUAAAUGCAUAUUUCAUGAACACAUGCAUUUAUAUGAAUACAU